CUUAUUCAAAUUCAUAGCAGCUAUAUAUAGAUUGCUUCACUCUUCAUUCCAUAAUCUUUUUACAUUCCUACAAUCGGAACUGAGCUUAACUCCGUCCUAAAUUUUCAGUUUCAGACAAACAAUUACAUAGGAAAAAACAUUAAAAUUUGCGUAAGAAUUUUGUGAAUGGAAGGGAAGAGUAGAGUGGCGUGCGAUUUUUGCAGUGAUCAGGUGGCGGUGCUCUACUGCCGGGCGGAUUUAGCUAAGCUGUGUUUGUCAUGUGACCACCACGUGCACUCGGCCAACGACCUCUCCAAGAAGCACCUCCGCCAGCAGAUCUGUGAUAACUGCGGCUCCGAGCCGGUCUGCACCCACUGUGCCACGGACAACCUCGUACUGUGCCAGGACUGUGACUGGGAUGCCCAUGGAAGCUGUGUAGUGUCCGCCGCCCAUGAUCGCAGCCCAAUUCAGCCCUUCUCCGGCUGCCUGUCGGCUCUUGACCUGGCGGCGGCGUGGGGACUGGAAAUUGAAGAUAGAAAACUAACUCAUCAACUGAGUUCAUCAGAUAAUUAUGGGUUGGACACUGGGCUGUUAGAGUCGUGGAUUUGUAAAGACGGGGAUGUACCCAGUUCGAUGAUGCUGCAGGAGCUGAUGGUGCCUAAUGACAAUUCUGUAUUUUACUCUAAUUAUUCUGGGGAUGGUUUGGUUACAAAGAAGAGGAUCCCAACCUGCGGGAAGCAGAAGCAGGUGAUUUUGAAGCAGUUAAAGGAAUUGUGUAAAAGGGGGUUGUCUGAUGACUGCGGCGGAAGUGGCGGUGGCGGUGGUAGGGAGGAGGCGGUGCCUGGGACGCCGAGCGGAAGUGAGAGUUGUGGGUGGCAUCAUGGGAAUGUGAGUUGGCAGCAAAAUAGGGAUUUUACUUCAUUGCUAAAAAUGCAGACUGCACCAGAGGAUCCAAAAGAGAAUUAUAGAAUGAUGGAAGGAAGCAUGUGGAAUGCUGGCACAUCUUCUGAUCAUGGCGCGCAGAUGUGGGAUUUUAAUUUGGGAAAAUUGAGGGUAGAAGAAUAUAUUGCAAGUGACAUGGAAUGUAUGGUGAAAAAUUAUGGCCAACCGCUUAAACAAGAGAACCAGACAUUAGGUCGGGGGCCUGCAACAUCCGAGAGCAGCAAUUUACCAGCAUCAAGGCCAUCAUCUUGUUCUGGAUAUACUAAACCGAAAUCCUAUGUUGCGUCAGAGGACAUCCAUUUUAUGGACCACUCUAUUUUGGUGAAAAAUGAUAAUGCCACUGCUGCAAUAACUAAGGCUGAUAUGGAGCUUUUGGCCAAGAACAGAGGGAAAGCUAUGCAACGUUACAAAGAAAAGAAGAAAACUCGAAGAUAUGAUAAGCACAUCCGGUACGAAUCAAGAAAAGCAAGAGCUGAUACUAGGACUCGAGUAAAGGGUCGGUUUGUCAAGGCCAGUGAAGCACCAAAUGUAUAAUGAGUUGUGAACGGAAUGAACAUCUAUGUUCGUAUGUGUAUAUAUCUUACAUCACUUUAUUUGCAAAAUUUUGUGUAGCCACUAUGCUUACGCGACUUUUAUGUUAUCUGAUGAUUUUAUCAUAUCAAUGGACGGGAAGUUGGUCCAUAACAUUUCUGUUUUCGUGUAUUAAAUUGAUUUGAGCCCUCAAUGAUUUUUGGAA